UGUUGUAGAUCUGACAAUGGAAUAUAUAUUUAUAUAUUUAAUGUUCACUCCCUCCAGGAAAUGUCAGACAUUUUUUUCUAUAGAUAAAAUGAACCAUUUAUAGCCGAGGUAAACAACAAAUCACCUCCACAUCAUGGAACCGACACAAUGUUUAAGGAACUCGAGUUGGUAGAGCGGCGGACAGUGAAGCUGGUAGGGGGUGAGGGUGUUCCAGUACGAUCCGUGAUGGAAGAACUUCUUCUACACUGAAAUUACACCACAGUGGAAUCAAGGAGAUUAGCAUUUCUGGAACAAGAACGGAAUGCACGACACCGGCUACAGGUCAGCAGUGUCCACGGCUACACUGGAUCACAAGGUACAUGCGACACGUUGGUUUUAAUGCGGAGUAAGUUGCUGAUCGAGAAUCAUGAAAUCGUUGACAAAUUCACGCGCAUAGGAGAUGGAAUGGGCAAGGCUGCACUUUACCAGGCGUACUACAACAACGGAACGGUUUCCAUGGAACUCUUCUUUGUAAAUACACUGAGGUCAUGGGUGAUAGGAAGACAUGGAAAGGAAAUACAGAUAGCCAUGCACCUUGAGAGUAAUUCCAGAGACCCACAGGAGAAUACUGAUGGAAUUCAUAUUCUCGUCGGGUCUUCUGAGCUUUCCGGCUUACAGUGGGAGUUGGAUCCAGACCUGCAGUUCCGAUGUGAAACAGAGAGAAAUACAUCAAGAAACAAGCGGGCUUUUUGGCUCAUAAGUCUGGGUAUAACAGCGCUUGUUACCACUGUCACUACAACUGUUACCCAAGGAGUUGCUCAACAGAAAGGAUGUUUAUUUUAUCCAUCUGUCUGUGAAAUGAUAGAUGAAAUCACAGGAAGUCUGAGUCCAAAAUCAAAAAAGCUGCGUUCGGAAUUAAAAAGGGAAAUGGAAGAAAUCGGCUGGACAAAUCUGUCAUCACAACUCGAGUCAACACAGACAAAUUACAGACGUUUGAUAUUUUUAAUGAACAAGUUAAAUAAAAUGACAGAUAUUUCAAACUUUACUGAAUUAUCUGAAUUUUACCCGAACACUUUCCUUACACAUUACCAAGAAUGGCUUCAAGAUACAUCGAUAGCUUAUGUGAUGGGAUUAUUUGAAUCUGGUUUUGAAUUUCUGAUUCUCUUUAAUUUGAUGGUGUCAACAGUUACACAAACGACUGCAAUGAUUUUAAGUGGUUUAGUUUUUGUUCUCGGCAUAGUGACUUCUGAGUCUGUAUUACUCAAUCAGAUAACAGAAGAAAGGAAUGUUCGAGACAAGCUCAGACAAAACAAAAUUAGUCUAGAGCAUGCUAUAGAUGUAAUGGAAAAGAAUAAAAGACAAAUCGAACUUUUCAAGUUAAAGUAUAUAGAACAGAUUGUGAACCCAUUGCAAUCAUUAGUUGCUCCCUUUCAAAAAGAAUUUCCAUCAUUACACCUUUAUUUGCAAAACCUGAACAACACUAAGAACAUAAAAUACAGAUAUACGCGUGAUAUUAAUUCACACCUGCAAAAGUUAAUAUCAUUCAUUGAAAGGGACUUGGAGAGAGCAGACAGUAUUAUAAGGCAAUAUGAACUUUUCAAUGCGACAUUGAAUGUGCUCAAAAAUGAUAUCGCUGACAAAAAACAACCCAUCAACAUAAUCACAAAGAUUCAUGAUAUCUACCAUAACACCAGUUUACCUACAAUAUUUAAUUCGACGUUUGAUUUGCUUCAAUACAUAGCUGUUAACCUGACAACCAACGUAAGUAGCUGUUAUUGGGGAAUCCGAAUGGAUCUGAUAAGGAGUGGAGUGUUGGGCAGGAAUACUUACACUUCUGUUCCGUUGUGUUGGUCUCCAGAGCUUGGAGAACAUGAGCGAACUAUCCGAACCAACGUCAUACAGACAAUCGCUCCUUGUAGAAUCUUCCGACAGUUGGAAGGUGAAAUAUUUAACAGUAUGUCCAAACUGAUAAAAUUUAUUGCCGAUUUUAUUCUACCAAACAAGGACUGUUAUUGGGGGUAUGACCUUGUCUACAUACGAAACGCUAGUCGACCACUACCUGUUCUUGAAAGCAUGCAACUACAUUAUAAAACCUUUCUAUAUAUAGAUGUAGCUAUGCAUUUCAAUGUCAGUACAUCUAAAGUAUUCCAAGAGAUGUGUGAAAGUUAUGGUAUUUGUAAACAAAUGUGGCAAAAAUUUGUAUUCUGCUCUGUACGUCCGGUUCCAGGGAAUAACAUCCAUAUAUGUGUUGAAGAAGUGGCUUCAGACUGCAGAAAUAUGACAAGUGUCUAUGUUAAGGAUUCGUCUUGCUAAAAACAGUUUUUUGGAAAAACGGCCAAUAUAUGGACUAUACGCAUCAUCAUCAACUUUCAUAUGGUACCCACUUAUAUGUCUUUUUUAACUUACUAAACAUAUUUUAUAAUUUACAAUGUUUAAAUGAUGUAGAAUAAGUUAUUACAAUGUACUUUUAUUAAUAUUUUCAUUUUGUUUUAUUUUAAACAUGUACGUAACCAAUUAUUCAUCUGUAUUAUAUGUCAUUGAAAUAAAUUAUGUGAAUAGCUUCCAUAUUGAUUCAUUCAUAUCAAAAAGACUUUGAGAAAUGAAAUGAAGCGGCAUACAAUUACACAGACUGGAUUGGAAAUGUUAAUAUGGUGAUUUCCGUAUUUACGUAGAAUCAACGUUAAUAAAAUGAUGUGUAAUAACCUGGAAAACUUAUUGUCCAUUCGUAAUGAAGGAAGAUGAUUAACGAUUGCUCACACAGAUACACGCUUACAAUCUUGAUAAUUUUUCAAUAAAAUU